AUGAAACCCCCAGCACACCAACACCAGGGAAACCAGACGACCAUCACCGAAUUCAUCCUCCUGGGAUUCGGGGAUCUCCUUCAACUGCAGACGCUUCUCUUCCUAAUGUUCCUAGGCAUCUACAUUGUAACUGUGGUUGGGAACAUCCUCAUCGUGGUGCUAGUGGUGACCGAUCGGCACCUCCACACCCCCAUGUACUUCUUCCUGGGGAACCUGUCCUGCGUGGAGACCUGCUACACCUCUACUCUCCUGCCGCGCAUGCUGGCCAGUCUCCUGACAGGGGACCGGACCAUCUCAUUUAGCGGUUGCCUCACUCAGUUCUAUAUCUUUGGUUCCCUGGCGGCGACAGAAUGCCUCCUCCUGUCAGUGAUGUCCUACGACCGGUAUUUAGCCAUCUGCCAGCCGCUGCACUACGCAACCCGCAUGAACAGCAGGUUCUGCCUCCAGAUGACCACAGGCUCUUGGGCAAGUGGCUUUCUGGCUUCGCUGCCAACCAUAUUCUUCAUCUCGCAGUUCACGUUCUGCGGCCCCAACGAACUGGACCAUUUCUUCUGCGAUCUGAGCCCAAUAAUAAAACUGGCCUGCAGUGACACCCGCCAGCUGGAAGUUUCUACCUUCAUACUCUGCUUUAUCCUCACCCUGCCUCCAUUUCUAUUGACCGUGGCCUCCUAUGUGUCCAUCAUCUCCACCAUCCUGAAAAUCCCUUCCUCUACUGGAAGGCAGAAAGCAUUUUCCACCUGCUCCUCACACCUCAUUGUGGUGACCAUUUUCUAUGGGACUCUAGUCACUGUCUACCUGUUACCUGACACUGAGUCACUGCGGGACCUGAACAAAAUGUUCUCCAUCUUCUACGGCGUCCUGACCCCUUUAAUCAACCCACUCAUCUACAGCCUGAGAAACCAGGAGGUAAAGCGAGCCUUGAGAACAGCUCUCCUUCCGUGUUUGACUUUUACUAGACUACAAAGGUGCCAAGCCCAUAGACCCAUGCGCAAGGGGCCAAGCAUAGGGAUGUGA